GGAACCCCAUCUUGUUCACUGGGAAGGGGAAAAAAGACGUUUCCAUUACCAGGAAAAAAAAGGUGAUUUUCGUAAAAAAAAAAAAAAAAACCCACUUUUUCUCUUCUUAUCUUACGCUUGUGUUACCAUACAUUUGCAAUUUUUUUUUUCUCUGAACCAACAGAAUGCGUUUCCCUUUUGAUUCAUUUCAGAACCAUAAAACCGCAAAAACGCAAUCAUUAAUAAAAAAAAAAGAAAAAAAAAAAAAAGGGUUUUUUGUACCUUCCCCUUUCUUUUUUUUCCCUUCUUUUCACGCCCUCCAUUAUUAAGAUCAUUGAUACCCUUUAGAGUCAUAUCCAUACAACAAUGUUUCAUACCGUUACAACUUCUCAUAACAAUACCACAAUGACGUUUCUUGAUGACCAGGAUGAAAUGACGACCCCGACAUUAGAGUCCAUCUUGGAUGCUCCAGAGUCAGAUACGUUCAAGGAGUUUGCAGCGUAUUUGCAUCAAUCGUACUGUAUAGAAAACUUGGCUUUUUGGAUCGCCACACAGGAAUAUCACAAACAAUAUGAGUCCAGCAAGAAGAGAAAAGAACUGUGUGGAAAUAUGAUUCAUCGUUAUAUUCGGCCCAACUCGUCGUUAGAAAUCAAUAUACCUUGUGAUAUGCGUCAAAGCAUACUCGAUCAUUAUUACCAAGACAAUUGUCAUUUGCACAUUUUUGAUGAAGCAGCCGAAGCUGUGCUGGAGUUGAUGCGAGUGAAUUCUUAUCUACCAUGGAUCACGAGUAGUAAUAACAGUAGUCACUUGCCGUCUCCUACUACCACCACCCAUAGCCUCAGUACAUGCUCUUCACCACCGAGAUCACCGCCCUCCUCAUUCAAGCCAACACCACCACCACCACCACCCUCAUCCUCAUCACAGCAGCAGCAGCAGCAGCAGCAUGGAAGCAAAAGAACAAAAGGAUGUUUAAACCAUUCCAAUUCAUCAAGUACCUUAUCCACCCAUGCUACAACGGACACUCUCCUCAGUGCUUCCUCCACGACCUCUCAUCAACAAUCCAAAUGGAUGCAACUCAUCAAACAUCAACGCAAUUGUGUUUCUUUGGAUCUUGGUCAGUUGAGUCCUUCCAACGAUUCCUUUACUCAGCAUAUUUCAUCGUCCUCCUCUUCUCCCCUCACGCCUACCUCAACGACCUCAUCCUCCUUUGCCACCGUGGGCUCAAAGCAAUAUUGUAAAUCCAUGCUUAGAAAAAUGAAACGAUCUUUUUUAGGUCAACCACCAUCACAAAGUAAUAGUAAAUGAAAGCGAAUGGGCACGCUUCUCUGCUUUUUUUAAUUUUUUCAAAUCAUAGACAGCUUUUUUUUUUAUAAGAUACCCUUUUCCCCCUCACUCUUCUGUUACCCAACCUAUUU